UCAUUGAUUCAAAAUACCGAGCAUUGUCACACAGGAUAUUGACAAUGUCUUCGCGUUUUCGUUUAGUAUAAAACGGCGGAGUGUCCAAAAUCAAACAUCAGUUCCCAACAAGACAGCUGAAGUACAAGCAAAAUGACUUCGUUUAUGGUUUUUUUUGUUCUGUCCGUUUUGACCUUGAAGUACUCUGACGCACUGACAGACGAACAAAAAAAUAAGAUACAAUCGAAAUUCAUAGAAAUUGGAGCAGAAUGUAUUGUGGAACAUCCUAUCUCUAUAGACGAUAUAAAUUCUUUCAAAAACAAGAAAUUCCCAAGUGGUGUAAACGCGGGCUGUUUUGUUGCUUGCAUAUUCAAUAAGAUUGGACUCUUCGAUGACAAAGGAAAUCUGUCACACAACUCUGCCUUAGAAAAAGCCAAGGGAAUAUUCAAUGCGGAUGAGGAAGUAAAGAAUCUCGAAGAAUUCCUUAAUAGAUGUGCUAAAGUCAAUGGAGAAGCCGUCGGUGACGGUGUAAAAGGUUGUGAACGCGCAAAGCUCGCUUACAAUUGUCUCAUUGAAAACUCUUUAGAGUUUGGUUUCAACAUCGAUUUUUGAAGACGAUCGAAAAGGUAAUGUUGUGUACUAAGCA